CGAGCGGCGGAAUUUUUGUGUUCCAUUCCUGUCAUCUGUAAACGGACGCCCUUUUCGUAGUGUCAUUUAUUUAAGCAAACGAAAAGACAACAAAAUGAUGUCACACACGUACAGACACAUGCAUAGACACAUGCACACACAUACACACACACACACACACACACACAUGUACACACACAUCUUUGUUGGUUUUAAAAAUUUUACAGAAAAGAAAAAAAAAGAAAAAAAGAAAUCGGAAAACAAAAAAAAAUUGAACGAAAAAGAUAAAAGGCGACAAGUGAUAUUGGGAUUUUUUCAAUGAUAUAUACAUACAUAAAUGUUGUCUUUC